AUGCCAUUAAAGUUAAUUGUUAAAUUUCUCACAUAUACUAUCAUCAAUAUUGCCAUAGUACAAGGACAAGGAGGUGGUGGCAGUGGAGGUGGCGGUGGAGGGGGUGGUGGAGGCGGAUGGAUACCAGGUGGAGGUGGUAGCGGUGGAGGUUGCUUAACUCAUCAGUGCAAGUAUGAUGGUCUCGUUAUUGGCCUUGUGUUUGGUGUCAUCGCUGGAGUGUGCUUGCUUGGUUUUGCUGGUUUUUUUCUUUUACGGUGCUUAUUAGGUAGACCAUUUCGAACGAAUCCAAAUUUUAUCAAAACGGCUGCCUACGAUAAAAUGCUUGAAACCGAUAGCAACAUAAUCUUUCAAUCAGGUAUAUGGUCUAGUCGAUAUUAUCAAUACAAACGAUGGCACGGUCCUCAUCAACUAUCACUUAAAUUUGAUGCUCUUGAGAUGACAGUUAAUGGAACAGGACGUGAUGAUGUCGGUCAAUAUCAAAUCACGGGAAUUUAUUCAACAAAGACACAACGUCUAGGUCUCACAAAGAAGUAUCAAUCUGGCACCGGUAAUUCAGCACAAAAUUUGGGACACAAUGUAACAAUUCAAUUGUACUGGAAUCCGAAUAGUAAACAGUUCGAAGGUAAAUGGUACGUACAAACUGCAAAAUAUCAUGGAGAAGAUAAAUUUGAACUUAAACUUUCCAAACAACAACUGACAAAUAUUUAUUUGAAAGUGUAA